AUGGAGAAUUUAAAUUAUAUUAAAAGAUAUUAUGAAAGGUUGAAGAAAAAUAGUUUAAAUAAUAACUGUAUCAUAGAGGAAUUAUCAAAUUACUUAACGAAGAUUAUCAUUGUUUUUAAAUCUAAUUAUAUUAAAGAUUAUACUGCGCGUGAUUUUAAAAAUUUAAAGCAAGAAAUGUCGUGUUUUUUUAGAUUAUUAGAAGUUUCACCUUUAAAGAAAAUUCCUAGAAAUUGUAAUGUUUACACUUAUUAUGAGUUUGGAGUUUAUAAAAUAUCAAAGUUAAUACAACAAAACAUUGGGAAUUAUGAUGACUAUAAAAAAUGUGAAUGUGACAAAUUUAUAAAUAGAAUUGCAUUUUUAUAUUCUUUUAAUAGAAUGGUAUUUUAUUGUUAUAAAAAACAAGAUUUUAAUCUUUUAAAUUAUCUUCUUAGAAUAUAA